UGCCACGAACCAGGACACAACAUUCAAAAAUGCGACAAGUUUGCGCCUUGAACCGUGCCCGAGAGAAGAAUGAGGGUGGCCGAAGCCCAGCUGUGCUUCAACUGCCUGAGCAAGGGCCACCAGGCACGCCUCUGUCGCAGGAGCACCUUUUGCUCGGUGACUGACAACGGGCGAAGGCAUCAUCCCUUGGUUCAUAGUGAGAGGAGAAACGAGCAGUCCGAGGUGGGAGGGGCCCCGGCGGCCACGGUGGCCACGGUGGCUACUGCGGCGAUUAGCCCGAAUCGCAGGCCGAUUGCCUUCAGUAUGCUUAAGGCCACCCUCAUGGGUCACAAUGGCAUGAGUAGUGAGGCCUUGGUUUUCGUGGAUCCGGGGAGUGACGUGACACUCGUGUCAUCCAAGCUGAGAAAGGCCCUCCAACUGAAGAAAGGAAGAUCAUCGGUCUCAGUCCCGCUGAGUACGGUGGGAGGCGAGAAAUGGACGGUCAGGAUGGCCGAGUAUCAGCUCCGCAUCAGGAGCCAUCUGAGCUGCAGUGGAAGGGUGUUCCCUUUGGUGGCCACAGAGAUAGAGGGCAGAAAACUCACCAAUGAGUUAACAGGAGCCCAGUGGACAAUCAUCAACGAUAGAUAUCCCCAUUUAAGAGAUUUGCCUUUACAAGAUGUGGGAGGAGAACCCGACUUAUUGUUGGGCCUGGAUCACGUCGAGUUGCUGGCCCCACGUGAGGUUCGGAUGGGCCGACAGGGUGAACCCAUCGCCGAGAAGAAUUUAUUGGGAUGGGCAGCCAAGGGUCCUAUUGUGGGACGUGCCUCUUCCCCUGCAGGAAUUGCGGAUAGCCAGGGGACGGUGAGUGUUCAUUUCCUCAUGGCCGAAGAGGAGCACCGUCUGGCUCACCGUUUCUUCGAUGGAGAGGCUCUGGGUACUGAGGUUAAGCCUCAGCCCCUCUGGUCCAACGAGGAUCAAGUCGUGCUGGGCCAUUUAGAGAAGAACAUCCAGAAGUUGGAUGGUCAACCGGGCUCUAUGGUGAAGCUUCCAUGGAGACCCCAGGUGGAGCAGUUGGGAAGCAACUUGCCUCAGGCCGAACAGAGAUGGAUGCGCUUGAGACAGAGGCUCUCUAGGGACAGCGGAUUCAAGGAGCAUUACGAGGGAGCAAUUCAGCGUAUUUUAACGGAAGGAUUUGCCCGUGAGAUCUACACCUGGGUAAAGCUUUUCAAAUGUAUGGUUGGAUAUAUCGCACGUUUAAGUCCAGAGAUAGCAUCACGAUGCUAACUCUGAACAAGUCGAUUGUCCAGCCACAUCUUGAAUAUGCUUCACCCAUUUGGGCUCCAAUGAGUUCAGCAGGUUUGCAAAAGGUCGAGCAAGUCCAAAGAUGUUUCACUAGGAACAUCGCAAGAUUGAGAGAGCUCUCAUAUUGGGAGAGGCUAAAAAAAUUGGGACUGUACUGUACAGUGUUCAGAGAAGGUACGAAAGGUAUCUGAUACUGUACGUCUUCAAAAGUAUCCAUGAGCUUUGUCCCAACCCAGGAUUUAGGGUCAAACGAUCAUUUACUUCCUGUCAAGUCGUUUCUACAAGCUCUUUUCAGAUUUGCAGAAUUCCUUCAAGCAGCAGAGAGAGCCAACGUAAGAGUGGGUCCAUCCAAGACGGAAUUAUUUGCUGAAGAAGCCGUAUGGCUCGGACACCUGGUCAAGCCUGGUGGUCUCACCAUGGCCGAGCGCCUCACAGAAGUUUUACGCAAGUGGCCCUUACCGACGAGUCUCAGCGAGUUGCGAACGUUCUUAGGAAAAUGUUCAUACCAUCACCGGAAAUCACCAUUAUUGGUUGGACCCUCUUCCACCUUAUCUUCCACCCCAUCCUAACACACCAAGCCUCACCUGAGAUCAGCACAGAACCCAAGAUCAGCUCAGAACCCGCCCUACUUCAAUCCAUUGGUGAAGUAGCUACAGACACCACCGCAUUCCUGAUCAUAGGCCAACUCGACCUGCACCCUAUCACAAACCAACUGGCACAUAUCCGCAACACCCUUCAAUAUCUCAGAGAUACCAAGAGCCCCGAAGACCAAAUAUUGGCUAAGCACUUACAAGUCACCGAAUUCGAUACGCUGGAAUGCCUACAUCGAAUCAACGAAAUACGCCUGCUAACACGAACCUCAAAUCGCUCAAAACGAUCUGCUGUGUUAGUAGCAGCAGGUCUUACCGCGCUUGGAGGCGCCUUAGGAGUCCUGUUCAGCAACCACCAGUUGCCUAGACGUAUUGAUGAAUUGGAAAGACAAUGCGACGGCACCCUGCACUAUGUGCAUGCUGCAGUUAGGCAAAUGAACGCCAACAGCCAAAAGCUCGCCCAUCUGAACACCACCCUAACCCAGCUGGUCAAGCAUAACGUAUGGUUCCAUCAACAAGUCGACGGGCAACAACAGGAACUGAGAAGCAUCCUCCAAAAAGAGGCUCUGAUCUCUUUAGCCAAAUAUGCUGUCACACAAGCCACUCAUAACAUCUACUCUGUUCUAGAUACUUGGACCCAAGCCCUACAAGGUCAAGUCACAGUGGACCUUUUUCACCCCGAUAUGGUCCAGGACGCCCUCAAACGCAUAUCCAGUCAAGCCAACGGACCCCUCAGGCUCGCAUUUGAACCUACGGACUUGGAAAAAAUCUAGAAGUUGCCCUGUCACAUCGACAUUGACAACAGGACCAUGCGUGUAGUCAUUACAGGGUGACAACAAUGGCUUAGGGCACUUUGAAACGGCUUUUACUCUUCAUCUAUUGAGAUUUCAGAGGUGACUCUGUUAUGUUAAAUCAUUAAAUAUAUACCCU